AUAUUCGAUUUUUUACUAAUAGCGUGACAUCCCCAGCCAGUGGAAGAAAAUUUUUAGUCUACGUUUAAUCAGAAAAACCAAGAGAAUUAUAAUAUUUAUGUAAUAAAUUUAAUUGAUAUCUGUACACGGGAAACAGAAAAACUUAUAAUCAAACACUAGAAUAUUAUAUGAAUUAAUUCAAUUUAUUUCUUAUGUAUAGAUGAUUUAGUGAAAAUCAUAUCAAAUUUAAACCUAUUAAUAAUAUACACAAUAAUUUAUAUGGUUGUGUAUUUUCAUAUCAACAUUUUAUUGAGCUUAAUGGCUUCUAAGAAAGCAAAUAAUUCAAAAAGAACCAAAAUGGAUUCUAGCAAUCAAACGAGGAGAUUAAAAAAAUAGAAGUACGCCACAGACACAUUCCUUAUAUACUAUUUUUAAACAUAGAAGAAACAUGGCGGUGUUCGGACAUUAUCCGACGAGCCUUUAAGUUAUCGGAGAUAAAAAAUACUCGAAAGUUGCACAAUUGAAGCAUGUAAAUUAAAGCAAAUAAUAGUGCCCAUAGUGAAAAAGUGUUUAAAAUUUUAGUUUAGGAAUAAUUUUUCUAAGUAGUGCUUGAAUUCGACCGUAAAUUUUUUGGGUGGAUUUAAACUUCUUCCAACUGAUUCCAAAAUGGUUGUAGGAGAAGGAAUAAAUAACAUUAUGGGGGGUAUAGAAAACACAGGAACAGUGAAACAACAUAAUCACAAAAAGAAACUCAGGCAAAGAUUUGAUAUUAUAAAGAAAUUAGGCCAAGGGACAUUUGGUAAAGUACAGCUAGGAAUAAAUAAAGAGACAGGUCAAGAGGUUGCUAUUAAAACUAUAAAGAAAUCAAAAAUAGAAACUGAAGCUGACUUGGUUAGAAUUAGAAGAGAAAUCCAAAUCAUGUCUUCAGUUCAACAUCCCAAUAUCAUACAUAUAUAUGAAGUGUUUGAAAAUAGAGAAAAGAUGGUUCUAGUCAUGGAAUAUGCUGCAGGUGGUGAACUGUAUGAUUAUUUAUCUGAACGUAAAGUACUUGACGAAGAGGAAGCUAGGAGGAUAUUUAGGCAGAUAGCCACAGCUUGUUAUUACUGCCAUAAACACAAAAUAUGUCAUCGAGAUCUCAAAUUAGAAAAUAUUUUACUUGACGAAUAUAACAACGCAAAGAUAGCAGAUUUUGGUUUAUCAAACGUAUUCGACGAUCAAAGGCUACUAAAUACAUUUUGCGGUUCACCUCUUUACGCUUCCCCUGAAAUAGUUAAAGGAACCCCCUAUCAAGGUCCUGAAGUGGAUUGUUGGUCUCUUGGAGUACUUCUGUAUACUUUAGUCUACGGAGCAAUGCCUUUUGAUGGUAGUAAUUUCAAGAGACUAGUCAAACAAAUUUCACAAGGAGAUUAUUUUGAGCCAUCAAAACCCAGUCCUGCAUCUCCAUUGAUAAGAGAAAUGCUUACAGUAAAUCCUAAAAACCGUGCUGACGUAGAAAAAAUUUGUAGCCAUUGGUGGGUAAACGAAGGUUACAGCGAUAAUUGUCUAGAUAUAUCCGAAGAUUUGGCUAAUCAAACUCCAGUUCGUUUAGAUGUUCUUUUGGCAUUAGCUCCUCCUCCUCCUCAGCUAGAAAGCGAAAAAUUGAUGUUAACUGGAGAUGAAAACACGCAGUCAAAACCGACCGAACCGAUUGCUCCCACUAGAUCACAAUCUGUUGGUAGUCUUAUGGAAUUAUCUCACCCGGCUGAAAGAAGAAUACUCAAUAUGUUGUUAGAUGAUAAAGUUACCCCAAAGAGAAAAUUAGAAACGACUGUUAGUACAGAUAGAGCCAAUUUGGACAAGAGAAAAGAAAAGAUAAUCAAAGAAAACACCAUAGCUGAUAUUACAGUACAUGGGGCGCACAAAGAAAUUGAAGAACAGGAAGAAAUCAAACCGUUACCUUUAGAUAAAAAUUCAACACAAACUGUAUCACCCAAAGAAAUGGAGAUUGAACAAGAUGUAGAUCCUAAUUUACAAGGAGCAGCUUGUACACAAAUCAUCGAGGAAGCCGAAAAGAAAAAAACACAGAAGCUCAAAAAGUCAUUAACAAAAACAAUUAGUAAUAAUAUUCUAGAAAAUAUUAACGAAAUGCCUAGCCAGGAAAAUGUAGCAGAAUCGUUGAAUAAAGAAAACGUAAUUGAACCUACUAAAGAGGAGACUACACAAAAAGAACCACAAGAAAGUGAAGUUAAAAAAUCUGAGUCCAAGGCGCCUACAAAAAAGAAGGCAGUGAAAGUGUUGUCAGAUAAAAAUGAAAAUUCUGUAGAAGCUCCUGUUGGCGAAUCCGAGAAACCCAAAAAGGAAGAAACUCCGCAAAAAGAAACAAAAGAACCAGAGCCAGAGCAGCCUUCCAAACUAAUAGAGAGAAGAAAAUCGAGAAUCUUCGAAGCCGCGGAAAAAUUCCAGAAUCUAAUUUCGCCAACCGAAUCAAAACCUACAGUUACCGAAAAACCAAAGAAGAUACUUAUACCAGGGGUAAGCGUAGAUGGUUUUAAAAAAGAAUUCGAAAGAAAAGCUAGCCUAACAUCAACUCCCAUUAAAGUAAAAGGUGCCUUAAAUAAAAAAAUACCAGUUAAAAAGUCUGAAGAAAAGGAACAAUUAGAAGAACCAGCGGAAAAACCAAAAACUGAGACUGAUGAUCAGAAAAAAGAACGCGUUCGAAAUGCCGUAAAUAUUAUUUCAAGUGCCUUAGACAAAGAAGGAGCAAGAAAGUCGAAAUCUCGUCCCUGUAUUGAACGUAAACCACCAGUACCUUUCGGAGUUAGUGGUAGAUCAGCGUCUGGCAAUAUAGGGAUGUUAACGCAACCUUUAUCUCCACCACCUGGGCCAAAACCUUACGUGCCACCCAAAUUCGAUAACUUAAAUGUCCAGAAAGUUGAAGACAAACCACAAGAUGUGGAAGAAAAUAAAGUGUCGUCUGCGGAAAUAACUCUCAAAUCGGCAACGUUGCCUAGGAGAAAGACCACCAAGGCUGAGAUUCAAUUGAACUACCCAGUUCCUAAACCUCCGGCUAUGGGCUUCAAGACUGAAAUGGCACAUAACGUUGAAGGUUAUAAUCCCCAGCGAACCGAAGUUGUCGCAGAUGUUACUUUGCCGCGACCAAAAUUGGAUAAUUCAUCUAGAGAAAGAAUAAUACCAAUAGCUUUUGAAAAACAAGAUAGCCAAGAGUCUAUUCAAAGCCCGUCGCAAACUAAACCACCUGCACCACGAACAUACCCAACUCAAAAAUCCAAUUUGUCAAGGCAAUCAACCCAAGAAUCCGAUACAGAAACUGUUGCUUCAAGUGGCGAACCAAUAAGAAAAUCUCCUAGGGAAUAUAUUAUUCCGAUAGCUGUUGAAGGUGGAGGUUAUGUAACUCCAAGAGCAGGAAGCUUAGAACCGAGCGAUACGGCUAGUACAACAAGUACAAUGACUAAUAGGAGCAAAACCAAAUUUGGAAGAGGAACCAGGAGACUCAAUUCAUUGUUCAGCGAUAGAGAUUCGGAAGAUGAGUCUUCACCAUUUCAAGCUUUCCAUCACCCUAGAGAUAGCGACAAUGAAGAUUCUAGGAAGGACGCUUUCCAUAGACUUAGGACCACACGUACUAGAAAGUCUAAUUUAGAACACGCCGACUCCGUAAGCUCUGGCGACGAGGAUGACGACGAAGGAUUCGAAAUACUUACAGCUGAAAAUCUAUUUUCUACUCUUCUUUCUAGGGUACGUGAUUUAACUCAAAGGUUAAAUGUGGAUGAGGGAGGAAUGAGACCUGGCUUCCCGUCUAGUAGAUUGUUUAGUCAUUUUGAUCAUGGAACAAAUUUCUUUAAUAGAUUGGAACAUCCUUUGUCAAGGCACUCAUCUUUAGGUAGAACAUUUAGCAGGCCUAUCACUAAAACUACAGUAGGUAGCAGCUUUGGUGUUCCAUGGAGGCGGAGUGUUAGUCGCGAUUUGGCCUCAGAUAUAGAUAAUGUAUUCAAAAAUUCGAAUACACCGUCAUCGUCACGCCCUGCAGAUGAACCUAAGGACGAAAACCUUAAUUUAGCAGAUCUAGAUUUAAAAAAAUUAAAACUCUCCGAAGAAGAUGCUUUGGCACUUUCUUAUUUAACGCCUGGUCUUUCGAAACGCAUCCAAAAACAACUGCUUGCCCAACUAGCUCCAUCCGAAGCUCGAAAAUUGCAUAGAACAAUGUCUUCUUGUACUCCAGAAGAUAAAAUUGGUAGAUCUACAUUAUCUAGAAGAUGCUCAGCCGAGAAUAAUAUUCUUAAAGAAACCGUAGAUAGCACUAAAGAGCCUAAAGUGGUAAAAUCUUUUCUUCCCGUUAAAAGAGAAGAAUUUAGACCUUCUGAAUUUAGUAUUAGAUCAUCUAGUAUCGGCGCUGAACCUAGAUGUGAUAGUAGAUUCCUUAGAAAACCUAGAGUAACAAAAUCAACUUCACUCCGUGAGCCCAGAAUGUAUAAUUCGAAAACUGAUUUACAAAGUCCAGAUUCUAGUAUAUCCGAAAGUAUUUCCACUUCCUACAAAAACGAUAGCUCAAAAUGUAUCUCGGAUUCUUCAGCAUCAAGACCAUAUUCAAAAUAUUCUUCAGAAUCUCUAUAUAGUAGAUACUCACCAAACAAAUCCUUGGAUACCAUCGAUAGUAAGACUGAUCUACAAAAACCGUCCUCUUCAAAGAAACUUUCAAGAUUUUUAAGACCGGACUUUUUUGAUGGUCCUAAAGACGAACAUGUAUACCUAAGAGAUAAAAAAGAGCGCGAAAUGGAAACCCAGAAAGUUUUAAAAGAAAUAAGGGAUAAAAGGAAGGGCAGGCUAUAUUCUAAAAGAGAAGGUUCAACCUCAAAAGAAAAAUCUGAAGACGAAUUGAUCAAAGAAACCGACGUUAUUCUUGAUAAGGUAUCUGACAGUAUCAAAAAUUUGGAAAAUGCAAAUAAUAUACAUGAUUAUGUUAAUAUUGCUGGUGCUACUAAUAACUGUGAUUCUCUAGAUAAUAUUAAAAUUGAUACGGAUAAAAUUAUACACGAUUAUGUCAAUGUUAAAGCACCAAAAAAUCUAACGAAAAAAGAUAAGCCAUCCAGAAUAGCAAGACCAAAAAGUUAUCCAACAGAGAAUUUAGUCAAAGAAAGUAUUUCAAAAGAGAAACUCAAAGAAAAUAGUAAAGAAACUGUUUCUCCUGAAAAAGAAUCCAAACUAAGUAAAUUAAGAAAAGGUUUCAGUAAAAGUAAAGAAAAGACUAAAGAAGAUAAAAGUGAAAGUCCCAAAAACACAAAUGAGGAUGAAAAGGUGCAGAAAAAUAAGCUGCUGCAAAGUUUAGAGAAGAAAUUCGAGAAAUUCAGAACAUCCAAAGACCAACAGGUCAUACAAGAGAAAAAAUCUACUGUUGAAAAUGCAAUUAAAAGAUUAAGAGAACAAAGUUUGCCAAGAAAUUUGGAACAUUGUACCGAAUCCGGUUUGAUAAAGAGAGCUGUAUCAGUAGAAGACUUAUCAUGUAGUAAUAAACCUUUACAAGCUUCGAGAAAAUCAGUUACUAAAAUUUUAGGACUUUUCAAAAAAUAUGAGGAACAAGAAAAGAAAAAAUUUUUGAAGAAACAAAAAAAUAAGAAUACCAAGAAAGAAAGUGAUAAUGAUAACAAAACUGUGAUUUCCAAUGAUGAGAAUCAAAACGAUUCUACUGAAAGUACCAUUAAAAAAGAGAGACCUAAAUCUUUACUAAUUGAUAAGAUGAAGCAUUUCCAAAACGGCACUACUGAAAAAGAUAGUAAACCCAAGUCAAAAUUACCAGUUAAUUCUUACAGACGUAGUUUAAAUUUGGAUAAUAUGUCCGAUUCCGUAAAUAACAACGAAAAACCUGAUAGAGCAAAUUUAAAACUCGAUUUUUCAAAAGUUCAAAGCAGAAGUGAACCGAUAGUGAUCAAAGAACCUGUUCCUAGUACUAGUACCCACGAUGAUAACUUUAACGACAAUAGAAAUUCUAUAGCGAUGACUGACGACAGCUCAACUGUAUUGUCACCUUCUGAUGAUUAUCAGAGCUGCGAUUCGUGGUCGGUGAUGUCCGAAUAUCCUAACGUCAAUGAUCUACAUUCGCCAUUAUCUCCUAAUGGUUAUUUAUAUUCCGGGGAUGAAAAUGAAUCUGUGAUCGAUAGGAUUAGAAGGAAAAGUUUCUAUACCAGAUUUAACGAGAAAAAGAGAAUGAGAAAACCGAAUAAUUAUAACUUAGACUUGGGAUAUAAGAGUCCAACGGAUUAUAGUUCCCUAGAUAGGAAAAAUUAUGACUACAGAUCAUCAAUUACUCGUAGACCUAGUUACAUCGCCUCUGCUCAAGAACCUUCUAGAAAUUAUAAUCGGCCUUACUCAAGAAGCUCUUCUUUAUUAAACGACUAUGUGAACGUUCCCAAUCGUUAUCAGACUUAUAGUUCCAAAAUUGGGAGGCCUGCUUCUUCCUUAUAUUCCGAUUCUGAGGAUAAUACAAUUGAUGAUUUGCUGACAACUGCUAAACCUAGAAAUUACAGUUUAUCAACACCUCCAUCCAGAUUGAGUCGAGGAUCCGUUUCUCCCUCUAAUGAAUAUUUUCUUAGUCAUACGUCUUCCUCGUUGAUACCGCCAAAUAUGCCAGAACCUAACUGAUACUGUCAAAACUAUUAAAACUAAAAAAAAAUAUUUCUAAAAAUCUAGUUGCUGUCUACUCUACUUCUGAAUACGAUAUCAAGCCGAUUUUUAGUAACCGUUAUUAUACUGUAUUUUCAUUAAAUUAUUUCAGGAUAAUAUCUAUUGUACAAUAACUAAUUUAUCCUUUUAUACAUAUCCAAAUUUUUUUUUCUUUAGAAUUGAUCCAUAGAGUAUAAUUAUAACAGUUCCACUGGAUUCACACUCCAUUCUUUGAGUAUCUUAAUUAUCUGUAAUUUUAUUAGCAUCGAAAUCUAUAAGUAAUAAAACAAGAGUGGGACAGUAAACGCAAACUCCACAGAUUGAAAAGAUUAUUUGUUAUAAAACAUACACACAGUAAUUUAACUCUUAAAAGAAACAUUGCAUCUUUUGCCAUACUGGCUUCGAAAAAAAUUUCGAUUCUAAAAAGGAAUUCCGUAAAUAUAAUUUAAAAAAAAUUGAAAAGGAAAAUAAUAUUGAACAAGAUGUUGUCAUAAAGUCUCGAAUAAAUUAGCUAAAUAAAUCCAAAUAUAUUCUACAAAGAGUCUUAUAUUUGUCUGAUGGUCAACUGUAGUAACUCCAUAACAAAGCUGAUUUAUUUUUUUUUUAUUUUGUUUUAAAUAGCCUCAAACGACAAAAUUAUUUGUAGAUAAUUCUGGUGAUAAGGGAUGCCACUUGAAGUACUACAUGAAUAAUUAAUUAUAUGACCAAAAGUUUUUCCCCAAUCAUUUUAAAUUUCAUGUUUAUUGUGAUCAGGUCUUGAUGAAACGAAAGUUCAUUCUUUAAUAUCAUAUCAAUCACGAAACUUCUUCAAUUUGAUAUGGUUUUCGGUUUACCUAUCCUGGAUUCUUCGUUCUUUAAAGCAAUUGUAACCAUUUUUCAUCUUUUGUAUACAUUUUUAUGAAUUAUAAUAUCUCAGCUUUGCAAAUUCGAUUUUGAUAAUAAUCAGUGAAAGUUGUGAUAUGGAUCUCCAAGUGUUUAAAAUCAGGUUUUGAUUAAUAAGAUGUUAAAUUAGCUUUAGAUUACCCACCUCAGACAUUAUCCUGUUCACAAAUAAUAUCGAACAGAAUAGAAUUUGUUGUUUGGUUGGCAGGAAAAUAAUCAAAUUUCUAUAUAAAGGGUGUUUCUAAAUUAAUGCGACAAAAUUCAGGAGGUGAUGGCUCGUAUGAAAUUAAGAUGGGUCUUCCCUAUAACAAAAUUUCCUCACACUACCCCUUUCCGAGGUAUCAUCCUUUAAAAGGUGGGGACAAAAAUUCAGUUUUUGUUUUAUUUUCUAAACGUGUACGGCCAUCUAUGACAUUUUGGCUAGAGGGGGUUAUUUCCAACAUUUGUAUGUAUGUAUAUGUUUAUAUAGAUUUAGGGUCUCGUAUACACUGUGACCCAAAGGAUCUAUUGUGUCCCCCUUUCUUACUGCGAUACUGGAGAUCCCAGUGUUUAUAGCUGAUCCAUUAAUCCCACUCCUUUUAAUAUGUGGGAUGGCUUUAUUUGCCAGAGAUCCUCGCCUUCUAUUUCAUAUGCUGCCAGGUGUUUCACACUUCGAGAGAAUGUUCGUCCUCUGUGCAACAAAACCUGCACGCCGAUAUCAUCUUGGCGGAAGAGAUUUUCUUUUUUCAUGAUUUUCUUAAUGGAACGAUCCAAUAAUGGUUUCUUUAGACUUAAUGAUUGUUGUGAGUCCUUACACAAUAACUCGCAGCAAUUAAUUAUAAUUGAUUUUCAUGAAGAAUAGUCUCUAUAAUGCUUAUAAAACCAAAUAUUCACCUCAACCCCAUAUUUUUUCCAGUUGAAACCCACCGUUUAAUAAACAGACGGUGCAAUUUUUUCUUCAUUAUAUAAAAGGGUGCUUUUAAAAAUUCGAAUGAACAAACUAAUAGAUGGUGCACCAUGUAUAAGUGAACAAUUUCUGACACUUAGAUUUCACAAGGUACUGUUUCCAAAAUUAAUUAAAAAAUCAAAGUACAUGGACAUUAUCAUGUGUAGAAGAAAAGCAAACGUAAAAAUAAUGUCACAUAACUGUCUUUAUGAAAACUCAAAUAGAUAAAUUUCAUCCAUUUGAAUUCAGCUAACAGAAGAUGAUAAGGAAAACGCUGCUCCGAUAUGUCCCGGAACAUUAAAUACAGACAGAGACAACGCAAUAAACGUAAACAAACACGACUGCUUCCUACGAUUGCCACUAUUGUGAAGCCACAUGGCAUACCAUAUUUUUGCAAAAAUUGUUUCAAAUAUAUUUUUACACAAAAGCGUUGUAAGCCUAAAAAUAAAUAAAAUAUAGCCUGCCUCAGUAGAAUCUGAUGACAUGUUAUCGCUACUUGGUACAAAGUCGUCGGCACGACUGUCAUGACUAUCUUCAAAAAAAUCAGAAUUAGAACUGCUGCUUCCACUAAAAAUGGCACUUGAACGAGCACGUGUAUCGGAAAUCGACGCCAUUGUGAUAAGGCUAACCAUGUUUUACGCGAAAAGAUGAUGAAAUUUGCUAUUGCUAUAUAGUCGAAUUAAAUUUUUAGUGGCUUAACAUAGUUUUCGCCUUUUGUGUGGCUCACCAUUGUAUUGCUCUAAGGUCUUCAUAUAUAUAUAUAUAUAUAUAUAUAUAUAUAUAUAUAUAUAUAUAUAUAUAUAUAUAUAUAUAUAUAUGUAUAUAUUAUAUAUUAUAUAUUAAUUUAUAAACAUAGAUCGAUUUAAAAUCAGUUGUUUAGAGGUGCAUCUUUCGAUUCUCAAUCUCAAACAUUCAAAAUUCAAAGAAGUAUUUUUUGGAGUUACGUGGUGUACUUAAGCGAUGAUAUUGUGAUUGGUCAAAGAGUUUAUGUUGAUAUCCUGUAAAUUUUUUCACAAUAUUCUACAACAUGAAAAAUUAACGUAUUCAAAUUUGAUUAUUUUCAGUUCUAGUCGUAGUAAUGAGGCAGUGUUAUAAUCAGCUUGUUGAAAAUAUGUUUUAUACAAAGUAUGAGUGAUAGUAUUAUUUCAAUACCUUGAAUUAUUUUUUCUGUGCAGUCUCGAAAUAUAUUUCCAUAAUUUUUUUUAUGCAUUUGAAAUCGUUAUUUCAUUCUUUUUAUCUAAUUUUUAAAGUAGGUAGUAAAUAUUCAAAUUAGUAUUAUUGAAAACAAAAUUGACAGCAAGUAGUUUUUUUGUGGAUUCUGUUAAAUUGAGGUUUUUUACUUUAAGCUCUCUAUUUGUUAAUUUUAAAUUGAUUGAUUUGUGAAUAUUGUUAAAAUUUUGAGAAAUCUUUAAAUAAAAUUCAAUUACGUAAUAUAAACGCAAUAACAUAUCUUAUAAAUUUGUUUGUAUAGGUUUUCUGAAAAUUUUUCGAAAAAAUAGAUAAAACGUUUUAUAUUAUAACAUUUUUAUUUUGAACAAACUAGUCACUAAAAAAGUUUUAUUUUUUCGAACAAUUUGUAUCAUAUGGAUGUUUUUUUUGCUUUCAUAACUUAUUGUAUUUAUCUUUGUUUAGUGUUUUAAUAUUUAUUCUUUUAAAGCCUUUUUCCAGAGUUUUUACUGAAAAUUUAGCAAGUUACUAAUUUUCACUACAUUGUAGAAUUAUUUAAAUUUCUUUCUUAUCAGGUAUAGUCGACUAAAAUAUAUGAAUAUUUGAGGCACCAGAAAGUUUAGGAUAAAUAAUAUAUUUUAAUCAUUAUCGACAUUUGUAAAAUUUAGAAAUGAAAAAAUUAAAAUAGAAUAUUAUUGAUAUUUCCAGAAAUUGCCUCUAGUUGAAAAACAAACCUCAGUGCUUGAUAUGAAUAGAAAUAUUUUGUGAGAAAAAUGAUCAAAACAAAAAAAGUGAUAAGAAAUCUGUAAUGGGUAAGGACAAUGAAGUGUAAUAACAUAAAUAGUACAGAAGAAGAAGAAAAGUGGAAAAAUGAAUAAGAUUGCAAUUUAUAUAUAAGUUAAAUGGGAAAUAAAUGUAAAGUAUUUUUGUAUUUGAAAAAAAAACAAAUUUAUAUAUAUUGAAAUAAAGAUAUUGAGAUAAAAGAAGGUUGAUGGAAGAAGAAAUAAUGAAUAACCUAAUGUGCUGUUCAAGAACGAAAUAACAUGUAUACAUUACGAUGAGAUGAAAUCUGCCCUGUUUCACUGUUAGCUAAAUACCAUUAUCAUUAGGGUGUCCAAUUUUCCCGAAUUCACUUUUGGUCUGCAAACGCCCCUCAAAUUUUUAGGUUAUGACCAAAAAAAUCAUACCCAAAACAUUUGAUUAAGAUGAGAUUUUUGCAUUUUUUACAGUUAAUUUUUUCCACUAAAACAAAUGUAGCUAAAAAUACUCAAACAGCAAUUUCUUGUAGGAAAUUUAACGCUCUACAAAAAAGAUCUGAAUGUCUUUGUCGAUUAAAUUAAAUUAAAAUUAUGGUUCAAAAGUUAUUCAACGAUAAAGUUGUAUUCAUCGAUUUUAAUUGAAUUUCCACAAUAAUUUUUAUUUAUAGCAAACAAAACGGUAACGUUAAGUCCAAAAUAAAGUAUAUUUUUGCUUAUAAAUAAUAAUUUUCCUCUAAUAUUUCUUUGUCAAAUAUUUUUAGUUGCAGUAGAAUAUUUGGAUCUUUAUUUACUUACAACUUUAAUCAAAUAUUGUUUUUGAUCUUCUGGAGUAGUUAAUCUGUUGAUAUAAUCUUGUGUUAUUUGAACAAUUCCUUCAGCUACAUCGUUUACUAGCUACAGAUUAUUAACAAUUGUCAGCACUUUUGAAGUAAUUAUCUAUUUGUUCUUAGUUGCUAUUUAGUCUCCCUCUUCAUUCUUUAGUUGUUUUCUUGCUUCUAUUAUUUUCCACGUUAAUCUGUCUGACUUCAUAAUAAUCGACAGCUCUUUCUUCUUUAUAUUUUUUUUAUUUUUGAUUAUUAUUUUGGUACUUUUAAUUCUAUUUUACUCUGCCUCAAGUAGUUUGCCGGUUAUUCUAUUUCUAUUGUAUUUUACUUUACUUACUUUCCAUGCUGUUUGAUUAAUUAUCGCAAUAAUUUCAAAAUUGUUAAGUUGCUAUUUGGUCUCCCUCUUCAUUCUUUAGUAGUUUUUCUUGCUUCUAUUAUUUUCUUUGUUAAUCUAUUUGACUUCAUAAUAAUCGGCAGCUCUUUUUUGUUUAUAUUUUUUUAUUAAUGAUAAUUGUUUUGAUACUUUUAAUCCUUUUUUAAUUUGACUCACGUUCUUUUUCUGGUUAUUCUAUUUCUAUUGUAUUUACUUUUGACUUAUUUUCCAUAGCGCAAUAAUUUAAAAUUGUUAAAAAGAAAAAGGAAAAUGAAUAUAGAGAGAUAACUAAAAUAAUCAAAAAAUUUGAAUGAAAAAGAUUAAAAUAAAAAACUAGAGGUACACCAAAUUGAACGAGUUCAUACAAGGAGAGAGUCAAAAAAAUAUAUAAAGCCCUAUAACCUCGGGUAGAUAGAAGACAUGAUCAUAAAUUAUACAAAUUUAUUACUCAAUGGAAAACUUUCUGUUUGUCUUUUGAAUAGAUCAUAAUGUUUAGGAACAACUUCCAAGAUUUACUUUAUAUAUUUGAUUGCUUGCUAUAUUUUCACCCAUCCCAGUUAAUAUAUCUGGAAAUUGGCAUAUUCUUAUAUAUUUAUUUUAUACACAAUCCAUUUUAUCAAAAUAAAUAUCUAUCGAUAUUUUCAAUAAAAAUGUAGUAAAGUACUACUAAAAAACUGUAGAAUGUUAAAGUUGUUGAAGUUUUAAAUAAUUUUAAUAGUAAUGUUGCAAUAUGUAUUUCAUUAUAUUUACUUUUAUCAGUUUUUCCCAUGAAAAUAUUUCACUAUAGAUUUUACAAUUGUUACGUCACCCCUUACCCCAUUUCUUAGGUUGAGGUUUGUGUGAAUUUGUUAAGAGUUGUAUGUUGACUUUUGCGAUUUCAUAAAAAAUUAUCGAAAA